UUUUUUACAUCAAACACAUGGAAUUAUCUACAACACACUCUCAUAGAUCGACAUGCUAACUACGCCUGGACAAUUCAAAAUGAUGAUCUUCAUUGCAAAUGAGGGAAACCACAAGGUUGAAAAGCAAACCAACCACAAAAACAACCCAAACCCAGAACAGGGUAUAAGUGUUGUGUCCUGUUAAAAGUUGCAGGGUGAAACUAACCUCAGGGCAUUAUAGGGUCAUGUGGUGGAUCAAUCACUUCAAACUGGAGCCCUACUUUGCCACAGCAGUGAAAUAGUGUCAGCUACACUGCACAGUGGGGUCUCGUCUGUCUUCAGGGGAUGACAGUUGAGCCCCAUUGUCCCGCUAAUAAAUCUGCUCUUUUUAUAAUGGCUUCACACUAAAGCACAUGAGACAAGGACCCUGACAAACAUAAUUAUCCUAAUAAUGUGACAGAAGAUGGGGGAUUGGAACUUAUUAGGGAGUAUCUUAGAAGAGGUCCACAUCCAUUCCACCAUUGUGGGGAAGAUCUGGCUCACCAUCCUCUUCAUUUUCCGGAUGCUUGUGCUCGGUGUCGCGGCCGAGGACGUCUGGGAUGACGAGCAGAGCGAGUUUGUUUGCAACACGGAGCAACCAGGCUGCAAGAAUGUCUGCUACGACCAGGCCUUCCCCAUCUCCCUCAUCCGCUACUGGGUCCUUCAGAUCAUCUUCGUGUCCUCUCCGUCUCUGGUCUACAUGGGUCAUGCCUUAUACCGUCUGAGGACCCUUGAGAAAGAGAGGCACAAGAAAAAAGCCUGUCUGAAAGCCGAGCUGGAGGGGACAGACCCCAUCCAGGAGGACCAUAGAAGAAUUGAGCGAGAGCUCAGGAAACUAGAUGAACAGAAGAAGGUAAGGAAGGCUCCCCUCAGAGGCUCCUUGCUGCGUACAUAUGUUUUCCAUAUCUUGACUAGAUCUGUGGUGGAGGUGGGUUUCAUUAUAGGUCAGUGUGCUCUGUACGGCAUCAGGCUUUCUCCUCUCUACAAAUGUGAGAGGUUACCUUGCCCCAACAGUAUUGAUUGUUUUGUGUCACGACCAACAGAGAAGAACAUCUUCAUGGUCUUCAUGCUGGUGAUCGCUGGAGUUUCUUUAUUUCUCAACCUCCUGGAGAUUUUCCACCUGGGGGUGAAGAAGAUCAAACAAAGCUUGUACGGAUACAAAUAUGGAGACGAUGACAGUGUGUACAGGUCAAAGAAAAACUCCAUGGUGCAGCAGGUUUGCGUGCUCACCAACUCCUCACCACAGAGGUUGAUGCAGCUCACACAUAUGACCUGCUCUAUUGUGCCUGAUAAUCAAGGGGAAACUCCGCCUUUGAAUUUGCCCCCGAUGGCCCCUCAGAAUCAGGAGCAGUCCAAUAGUUCCAAUCAGCAGCCUGCACAGAGCCACGCUGACAUCCAGGGUCUGCAGCAGCUGGGGGCUGUGGACCGACGCUACACUCUGGAGAGCAGGAAACCCUCAUGCAGCAGCGAUGAGUCAAACGGACCGCACGGCUCAGGCCAACCGCAGUACGCGGGACCUCGACCCACGCUGAUGGCCGGCCACAUGGAGAUCCCAGCAGCCCUGAAGAACCCGCAGAGGAAGCAAAGCAGAGUCAGUAUUUGUAAGGAGCUCAGUGACAUGAGUGAUUCUCCCGAGAGCGACCACUACCCCACAGCCAGAAAGUGCAGUUUUAUGUCCAGAGGAAUGUCAGAGGGAAUGCUGGCCACUCCAUUUGACAGUGCCGACUCUCAGAGUGGGACAGACAACGAGGCCCAGCACCUCAACCAGGGAGAGAGUCCAGUGAUGACCCCGCCGCCUCCAGCCGGUGGGAGGAGGAUGUCCAUGAGUAUGAUUCUGGAGCUGUCUUCAAUCAUGAAAAAGUAAACUGAAGAUGACUGUUUUGGGACCAAGCCAGAGACAUAAGUUAUAAUGGGACUGAAGGAUCCUGAUCGCAAAGCAAAUCUAAUCCUGUCUCUCAACUGCAACUUUAUGCUUUCACAGUUUAUACAGUAUGUAUUGUGCAUGAACAAAAGCUUCAGUUAAAUAUGUCAACACGUCAUUCCACAGACAAAAGAUGCUUAAUAAUUUGCUUCAGGUUCUGUACCAAUGAUAUCUCCAGCAUCUUUUAUACUGACAGUUUGAAAUUUUUACUUGCGCUUUAGGGUUGAAUUGUGUUUUUUUUUUUUUUUUUUUUUUGACACCACAAAUCAAAUAUGAUUCAAAAUUACAUUUGGCUCAAAGCACAUGUGACUGCUCAUAAAAUGAGUGAAAUAUAUUUGACAGAAGAUUGUAAUUAAAGAUUGUGGAAUUGGCAACCACAAAAACCAGUGUAUAUGGUUUAUCAUACAGAAAGAGCUGUAGAAAAAAGGAUCUUCAAAUUCAAAGUUUCGUUUUGACAGAGUAGCCUAAUAUUGUUUAUGAAUAUAUCUGACCAACUUAAGAUGUUGUUGCAAAUAUUUCUAUUUCUGUUGUUGUUGUUUUUUUUUUUUUCUAUUAAACCCUUUUUCCUCUUCAGCAGGACUGAA